AUGGUGACGAAGCCGUCACAUAACUUGAGAAGGGAGCACAAAUGGUUAAAGGAAACAACCACUUUGCAGGAAGACAGAGAUUUUGUUUUUCAGGCCAUUCAAAAGCAUGUCUCGAAUAAAAGGCUCAAGACAAAUUCGCCACCUGCUACUCCGUCUAGAGAUGGGUGUGGUAUAGAAGCAACGAAUUUGUUGGUCAGUAUUCCUACGUCUGGAUCUAUUAAUAUUGCUACGAAACAACCCGAGGGCACGCAAACUUUAUCGAACGAUACCGAAUGGCUCUCAUACCCUGCUACAUCGAACCAAUAUACUGACGUCCCCAUGGUUGAUAUACCAGCAAGCACAAGCAUUGCGUCGAACCCAAGAACCCCUAGCGAUUCGAAAUUUCACAAUUCCGGUACAUAUCGACCGCCUAUAGCUAGUUCUUUUGUGGAAAAUAAUAGUAGUAGGAACCUAGACUGCAAAAAUAACAACAAAACCGCGAAUGAUAGCAAACUAAUCGAGAAAAAUUUAAGAAGAGAGUUGCUUCAACUUCAAGAUUCCCUGAUUGCGGCGUUGAAGGAACAAUCUAAAUUAUUACUGCAGAAAUGUAAUCUCAUUGAAUCAACGUCAUUGUCAGAGGACGCUAAAAGGUUGCAGUUGAGUAGAGAUAUACGGCCCCAGUUAUCCAAUAUCUCUAUCCGAAUAGGAUUUUUGGAAAGUGAGAUCACAAAAGCUAAGAAAGGUAGGAUGCCAAAAGUCCCAAAUAAAGAUCAUAGUCAGUUUCCUUCUCAAGAUGAUAACAUAAUAUCAAGUAUUCUACCUAGUCCCCUAGAAAAUAAUGUAUCUUUUAGGAAUCCAAAUCUGACAAAUGAUGCUGCUGCAACUACCACGACAACUUUGACCACUGGUGGAGCCAAGGAUGUUACAACUAAUAACAGCAAUAGGAAUACAAAUAGAGAUGGCAGCAACGAUGACUUGAUUCAAGUUCUGGAUGAUGAGGACGAUAUAGAUUAUGACCCACCUUCAAUAUUGCAAGAGGAGGCUCCGAAUACUUCUACAUCUCCACGUCUCAACAUGACCUCAGAAGAAAAAGAAGAACUUGCUGAAAGAAGGACUAUGCGUUUAAGACAACCUGUUAACUAUAGAAUACCUGAGAGAGAUGAUCCUUUUGACUACAUUAUGGGUAAAUCACUUAAAGACGAUUAUCUGGAUGCUGAAAGAGAGGAAGACGAACUAACAAUGGAGGCUGAGGAGGAUGCCCAUUCUAGUUAUAUGACUACUAGAGAUGAAGAAAAAGAAGAAAACGAUAUGUUGAACCAAAGCGAUUUUGAUUUUGUAGUAAAUGAUGGCUUCGAUCCAACUCAGGACACCGAAUAUCAUGAAAAUCUGGAUGUUAGCGUCAAUAUUCAAGAAAAUCCACAAGAAGACGAUACCAGAUCUACAAUUACAUUAUCCCAAAAUAAAAACGUUCAGGUUAUUUUAUCUUCCCCCACAACAGAAAGCGAUUUAGCCAGUUUCCGAAAAACAACAGGUGCGGAACAUAUCGACUUGUUAGAUGAUGACCUAGAAAAGGAUGCUAUUCUGGAUGAUAGCAUGAGUUUAUCGUUUGGUCACCAACGCCUACCCAUGUCACAUUCUGAUAUAGAAUUAAUAGAUAGUGAAAAAGAAAGUGGUAAUUAUGACGAAGAUAACAAUAAUAAUAACCUUGAAUACCUGUCAGAUAGCGAUUUAGAAAAGUUUGACGAAGAGAGGGAGAAUAGAACCCAAGUAGCAGAUAUCCAUGAAUUAGAUAAUGACCUUAAGAUAAUAACAGAAAGAAAGCUUAUGGACGAGAACAAUCACCGAUCACCAUCUUGGUCCCCCAUAAUAAAAAGGGAGAAAUCGGAUGUCAGCCAAAAGGGUGAGGAUGAUGAUUUUGAUGACGAUUUUUCGUUAAGUGAUAUAGUAAGCAAAUCUAAUAUACCUUCUAAAACAAGUGGCAAAAAUUACCCUUGGUCUGACGAGGUUCUAUAUCGUUUACAUGAAAUUUUCAAACUGCCUGGUUUUAGACCUAAUCAACUAGAGGCUGUUAAUGCAACUUUGCAGGGGAGGGAUGUUUUUGUUCUCAUGCCGACGGGAGGUGGUAAAUCUCUUUGCUAUCAACUUCCUGCUGUGGUAAAAUCAGGUAAGACGUUCGGUACUACUAUUGUUAUCUCUCCGCUAAUUUCUUUGAUGCAAGAUCAAGUGGAGCAUUUAUUGAAUAAGAAUAUUAAGGCGAGCAUGUUCAGUUCGAGAGGUACUGCUGAACAAAGGCGACAAACUUUCAAUUUAUUUAUCAAUGGACUAUUGGAUUUAGUUUACAUAUCUCCCGAAAUGAUCAGUGCUUCAGAGCAAUGCAAAAGAGCUAUCAGUAGACUCUAUACUGACGGUAAGCUGGCCCGUAUAGUUGUGGAUGAAGCACAUUGUGUUUCUAACUGGGGUCAUGAUUUCAGACCUGAUUAUAAAGAAUUGAAAUUCUUUAAAAGAGAAUACCCCGACAUUCCAAUGAUUGCUCUGACUGCGACUGCAAGUGAACAAGUUAGAAUGGAUAUCAUCCACAAUUUAGAACUAAAGGAACCCGUUUUCUUAAAGCAAAGCUUUAAUAGGACAAAUUUGUAUUAUGAAGUGAACAAGAAAACUAAGAAUACUAUAUUCGAAAUCUGCGAUUCUGUCAAAUCUAGAUUUAAAAAUCAAACCGGUAUAAUAUACUGUCACUCUAAAAAAUCUUGCGAGCAAACUUCGGCUCAAAUGCAGAAAAAUGGCAUAAAAUGUGCAUAUUACCAUGCGGGUAUGGAACCGGAUGAAAGAUUAAGUGUGCAAAAGGCAUGGCAAGCGAAUGAGAUACAAGUUAUUUGUGCUACUGUCGCCUUCGGUAUGGGUAUUGAUAAACCUGAUGUUAGAUUUGUUUACCACUUUACUGUUCCACGAACAUUAGAAGGUUAUUAUCAAGAAACUGGUCGUGCUGGAAGAGAUGGUAAAUAUUCAUAUUGUAUUACCUAUUUUUCAUUUAGGGAUAUUAGGACUAUGCAGACAAUGAUUCAAAAGGAUAAAAAUUUAGACAGAGAGAAUAAGGAGAAACAUUUGAAUAAAUUGCAGCAAGUGAUGGCUUAUUGUGAUAACGUUACUGAUUGUAGAAGGAAGUUGGUUUUAUCUUACUUCAACGAGGAUUUUGAUUCUAAAUUAUGUCGCAAGAACUGUGACAACUGUAGAAAUAGCGCUAAUGUAAUCAAUGAGGAAAGGGAUGUUACAGAACCUGCCAAGAAAAUAGUCAAGUUGGUGGAAAAUAUUCAAAAUGAAAGAGUCACUAUAAUUUACUGCCAAGACAUCUUCAAAGGUUCAAGAAGCUCCAAAAUCGUACAGGCAAACCAUGACACAUUGGAGGAACAUGGUCUUGGCAAGUCCAUGCAAAAGUCCGAAAUUGAACGAAUUUUUUUUCAUUUGAUCACAAUCCGCGUUUUACAAGAAUAUUCCAUAAUGAAUAAUAGUGGUUUUGCUUCAAGUUAUGUAAAGGUAGGCCCCAACGCUCGGAAGUUGCUCACCGGGAAAAUGGAAAUUAAGAUGCAAUUUACGAUAUCGGCACCAAACUCUCGUCCUUCCACGUCUUCUAGCCACCAAUUAAAUGGAGAAAAUAUACCAGCUAUAGCACAAAGAUCGACAACUAUGGGAGGAAGUGUGGCUGCUAAUGCGCCGCGCUUUAUAAGCGCGAAGGAACAUCUUAGAUCAUACACGUACAGUAGUUCAACCAUGGAAGCAUCACAUCCAAUCUCCCUGAAAAACACAAACGAGUUACGUUCCACACAGGAACUCGAUAACCUGCGAACGACAUACGAAUGUCUAAGGGAAUUAUCCUUAAAUUUAGGAAAUAAAAUGAUUCCUCCGGUUGGGAACUUUAUGCCUGACUGUAUCUUGAAAAAAAUGGCUACGAUAUUGCCAAUGAAUGACUCGGCUUUUGCGACUUUAGGUGUGGUGGAGGAUAAAUAUCGCCGAAGGUUUAAGUAUUUCAAAGCUACAAUUGCAGAUCUUAGUAAAAAAAGAUCCAGCACAGAUCAUGAAAAAUACAACACAUUAUUCAAUGAAGAAUCUGUCAACGGAGCAUCCGAUAACAGCAAUGACAUUGCACAAAGUACUGGAACAAGGUCCCGAUUUUUUGGUGCCAAUCCAAAAGAAGCCAAGGAAAAUGAAGAAAUAAUCAACCAAAUUAGAGAAAGUCAAUUACCCAAGAAUUCAUCAAACAGUAAAUCAACUACAAGGGCGAUCAAUAAAUCGAUGAAGAAGUCUGCUGCGGGAAGACGAGGUUUUAGAAAUUAUAGAGGCCAUCACAGAGGAAGAAAAUGA